AUGAUAAACAUAAAUGAGUCUGUGCUCGUUCCUAUUUACCUCAGCAUUAUAGACAUCAAUGAGUCUGCGCUCGCUCCUAUUUACCUCAGCAUUAUAGACAUCAAUGAGUCUGUGCUCGCUCCCAUUUACCUCAGGACUGUAGACAUCAAUGAGUCUGUGCUCGCUCCCAUUUACCUCAGCAUUAUAGACAUAAAUGAGUCUGUGCUCGCUCCCAUUUACCUCAGCAUUAUAGACAUCAAUGAGUCUGUGCUCGCUCCCAUUUACCUCAGGACUGUAGACAUCAAUGAGUCUGUGCUCGCUCCCAUUUACCUCAGGACUGUAGACAUCAAUGAGUCUGUGCUCGCUCCCAUUUACCUCAGCAUUAUAGACAUAAAUGAGUCUGUGCUCGCUCCUAUUUACCUCAGCAUUAUAGACAUCAAUGAGUCUGUGCUCGCUCCCAUUUACCUCAGGACUGUAGACAUCAAUGAGUCUGUGCUCGUUCCUAUUUACCUCAGCAUUAUAGACAUAAAUGAGUCUGUGCUCGCUCCUAUUUACCUCAGCAUUAUAGACAUCAAUGAGUCUGUGCUCGCUCCCAUUUACCUCAGGACUGUAGACAUCAAUGAGUCUGUGCUCGUUCCUAUUUACCUCAGGACUGUAGACAUCAAUGAGUCUGUGCUCGCUCCCAUUUACCUCAGCAUUAUAGACAUAAAUGAGUCUGUGCUCGCUCCUAUUUACCUCAGCAUUAUAGACAUCAAUGAGUCUGUGCUCGCUCCCAUUUACCUCAGGACUGUAGACAUCAAUGAGUCUGUGCUCGCUCCCAUUUACCUCAGGACUGUAGACAUCAAUGAGUCUGUGCUCGCUCCCAUUUACCUCAGCAUUAUAGACAUAAAUGAGUCUGUGCUCGCUCCUAUUUACCUCAGCAUUAUAGACAUCAAUGAGUCUGUGCUCGCUCCUAUUACCCCAGGACUGUAGACAUCAAUGAGUCUGUGCUCGCUCCUAUUACCCCAGGACUGUAGACAUCGAGGAGUCUGUGCUCGCUCCUAUUACCCCAGGACUGUAGACAUCAGUGAGUCUGUGCUCGCUCCCAUUUACCUCAGCA